AGGUGGGGACGGAGACUGAGACAGAGAGGGAGAGGGAGAGUGCUGGUGCUGUUGUUGGGGAAGAGAGAGAGCAUGAGGAAGAGGGAGAAGCGCCAUCUUCGGGCUCUGGAGAUGGAGAAGACGAAAAAGAAGAAGCAGCAGCAGCAUCAGCACCAGCUCCUCAGCCUCAUCCGCAGCCACACUCACGCCCACACCGGCGCCCGCGCUCUGCGUCUUUUCCAUCCCUUGGGGGCGGCGGCGGCGGCAGCAGCAGCAACGAGGACGACAGCAACAACCACGCACGCACUCCCUCCCCUUCCCACUCCCGCUCCCGCUCCCGCUCCCCCUCUCCCUCUCCCUCUACAUCCCAACCCCCCACGCACACGCCCGCUUUUGGCGGCUGGGCGCACUACAAGCUGCCGCUGACGUCGUACCCGCCGA